AUGGCCGAACCCACCGACACGUCGCGAGACACCACCGCCCCCGUCCGCGAAGACCCCUCGCGCGCGAAUCCGCCUAAGUCCCCGCCGACGCAUUCGCCGCACCCGCUCCAGGCCGCCGCCGUCAUCACGUCCCUUGAAUCCCGCCUCGCAGAAUCGGAAGCCCUGCGCCGCGACUCGGAGACACGCAUCCGCAAAUUGGAGCAGAUGGUGGAACGAUUGAUGAGAGAAUCCACCGCACCUGCUGGGGCGCAGGUCGGGGAGGCUCUGCCGGUGAGACCGGUCCCCCUGGACGUCCCCCCCGCACACAUUUUUGGGACGCCCGGGAGCUGCCGCUGA